AUGUUUAAUGCUCGUGAGUUAUGUCUUUUUUUUUAUAUUUGUCGGCGACUUGUAUUGUUUUGUCACAUGGUACGUCCAUAA